UGCUAGAUUUGUUUUCCGUAAAUAGUUUCAGAACUAGGAAGCUUCAUCAAUUACUGUGUUUGAAACUACAGGGACGUUUGUCGGGUGUACGACCAGUCACAUGCAUUUUUAGAUAACAGUAUCAUGUGAUUUGAAGCAGCUCUCCACUGAUCUUUAUAUAUAGAUCAGUGCAGUUCUCAUAUAAUCAGUGCGGAGCGGAGACAGAAACAGUAGCACAAUGCACCAGUUGAGUGUUUUAGGCUUCUGUUUACUUGUUAUUGGCACCUGCCAUUGUCAAUACAAGCCUACAUGGGAAUCACUUGAUUCAAGACCUCUUCCGGAAUGGUAUGACCAAGCCAAAUUCGGCAUAUUCAUUCACUGGGGAGUGUUUUCUGUUCCCAGCUACGGCAGCGAAUGGUUCUGGUGGUACUGGCAGGGCCAGAAAGUCCCGUCUUAUGUUGACUUUAUGGUAGAGAAUUAUCCACCUGGCUUUACCUACGCAGACUUUGCUCCACAGUUUCGGGCUGAGUUCUUCGAUCCCAAAGAGUGGGUCGAUAUUUUUGCCUCAUCUGGGGCCAAGUACAUCGUUCUCACAACCAAACACCAUGAAGGUUUUACCCUAUGGGGUUCGAAGUACUCGUGGAACUGGAACGCAGUGGAAGUCGGACCCAAGCGUGAUCUGGUGGAUGAGCUUGCCACUGCUUUGCGGGCAAACAGUGAUUUGCGUCUGGGCCUCUACCACUCUCUGUUUGAGUGGUUUAACCCUCUGUACAGAGCAGAUGCUGACAACCACUACAACACAUCUGUGUUUUCCACAACAAAGACCAUGCCUGAGCUGUAUGAGAUAGUCAACAGGUUCAAACCUGAAGUGAUAUGGUCUGAUGGGGAUGGAGAUGCUCCCGACACAUACUGGAACAGCACUGGGUUCCUCGCCUGGCUUUAUAAUGAGAGUCCUGUUCGUGACACCGUUGUGACCAAUGACCGCUGGGGGAUGGGCUGUCCGUGUAAUCAUGGUGGAUAUUUCACCUGCAACGACCGAUACAACCCCGGACAUCUGCUGAAACGCAAGUGGGAAAACUGUAUGACCAUUGACCAGAGGUCCUGGGGCUACAGGAGAGAUGCCAAACUCAGCGAUUACCUCACCAUUGAGCAGCUCAUAGGAACCCUUGUAGAGACCGUGUCCUGUGGGGGGAAUUUACUGAUGAACGUGGGCCCGACUCAUGACGGCCGCAUUACUCCAGUAUUUGAGGAGAGACUGCGUCAGAUGGGCCAGUGGCUCAAGGUGAACGGAGAAGGCAUCUACAACACAAGCGCAUGGAGAGUUCAGAAUGACACGGUCACACCUGGAGUUUGGUAUACAAUGAGGCCGAAAGAGAACGCAGUCUACGCCAUUUUCCUUUCGUGGCCAAGAAGUGGAAAUAUUGUUCUGAGCGAUCCGGUUGUCUCAUCAGCCAAGACUAAGGUGGUGCUGCUGGGUUACAAAGACCUCACGUGGGAUUCCAUGAGUCCGACUGGUCUGAAGGUGCAUCUGCCUCAGCUGACCCCUAGUGAGAUGCCCUGUUCCUGGGCCUGGACUCUACGACUGACUGGUGCUGCCUAGACAAACGAUAGCAACACAUCUAGUUGUCCCCUUUGGGAAAGAACUAAUCUUGAAACAAAUGAUUGAAGGCACUUUUUUUUUCACUCACUUUUCACAUUGUUACAAAAAUAAUUUUACAUGCAAGUGAAAUUUAUAUUCAUAUGAAUGACAUUAGCUUUUUUUUUUUUUUUUUUUUUUGCCGGAGUGCAUUUUAUAAGUAAUAUGAAUGUGAAUUUUUAUUUCAACUGUAUAUCUGAUUGUGUCUUAAUGGUGCAUGCUAAGGUAAGUGUCACUUUUAGUAUUGCUCAUACUUGGGGUUAGGGAUUUGCACAAACCUACUAAAUAUUAAACAAUGGUGCCAUAACUUGUCCCGCUCGUUUCUGCUACGGAUUUGAAUGAUUCAUGUGUUGAGGAAAGGUGUGCUGCUACUUGUCUAAGCAAUCAGACGUACUAUUUUAAACAGCGAAAAAGUUAAAUUGAAGAAGGGACUUGAGCCAUAUCUAGGGACCAGAAUAUCACAGAGACUUGGACUCUUUUGACUUGGGCCAGUAAAGAACUACAUAGUAACCACCCAGAACACCUUAGCAACUGCAUAAAAACACCCUGGCAACUUCCCACAACACCAUUUCACUGUGGCGGCAACUUUUGCACAAGCAAGCGCCACUCAUAUUUUCUUCAAAAAAUAUAAUCUUUUAUUUUAAAUAACUAUUUUCACUAUUUCAUUGGCUAUACAGUGUCUGUGCUAUCACUUUUUUUAAUGUUUAAUUUUAUUUUCUUAAUUUGGAAACACUUUAUUUUACAGUGUCCUUGUUAUACAUAUUACAUGUAAUGACAAUAUUAAUAACAGUACAUUAGGCAUAAUUACAAGCAACUAAGCCUAAACCAAACCCUAACCAUAAACCUAUAUUAAGUACAUGGGUUACACUUUGUGUCCUUGUUACAGUGUAAUUACACAAGUAAUAACUGAUUAUUACUAAUUAACAACAUGUACUUACUGUAGGUUUAGGGUAAGACUUUGGUUUAGGGUUAGUUGCUUGUAAUUAUGUAAGAGAUAAUCCACGGCUAGGUCUGUAUUAAACUAUUUUAAAUGCACGACGUGGAGGUGAAGAACCAUCGAAGCGGAGGCUGGUUGCCUCUGCGAAGUGCAUUUAAAAUCAUUUAACGCACACCUAGCCAUGGAUUAUCCCGCUUAUACCAUGGUCACUUGCCAGAAUUGAUUAUUUGUAGCUGUCAUAAUUUUUUGCCGGUGCAAAUUUUGACUGGAUAAAACAAAAAAUAACGGUUAAUUUUAUCUAAGAGUCGUUAGAUCUACAGCUCUGCCUAUUGAGACAGAGAAAAAGAGUGCAACCACACACUUGUGUGUAUGAUAAGGGGAAAACCAUUCAAAACACUCUGGAACCUGCAGAUUUUGACUUCAGAGACAACGGUAUGGUAUCCAUCAAGGCUGCAUGAUUGACUGAAUUAAGAAUGAAAUUGCAAUUUGUCCAUGAAAGGUAGCGCUUCACCGUAAAAUGCUGCGUGCAUUUUGUAAACAAACAGUGCUUCUCCUUCAGCGUUUGAGUCAGAGAUGUGUGAGCGCGGGGGGGGGGGCCUCUAGUGUCUAUAGGCGGCACUUCAGCACAUAACAUACACAACACAUUACAGUUUAAAACAUCUUGCAUUGCCUUGCCAGACAGCGAAAGAAAACAAACUGAGUUCCAUUAUAUUAGCUAUGCUGAUGAAAGUGGUUAGGAAAUGUUUUCUGUUGCUAUAGCUCACUCUGCUUGCUCUGUAAUGUUAUGUUGCUAUGUUUACAAACAGCGCAUUAAUAUCAAACACUGAUUAAAACUGACCGGAACAACCUGUGCAUUCAACGAUUUGAACCACAUGCAUUCCAGCCAAUCAGAAUCGAGUAUUAGAACAGACAAUGGCAUUAGCAUAAUUGACUGUUAUUACUAUAGUCGAUACAUAAAAUAUGUGUAACAAGGACACUGUAAAAUAAAGUGUUCCCAGUACAUGCUGUUAAUUAAUAUUACUCAGUACUUAUGUGUGUAAUUACACUGUAAUAAGGACACUGUAAAAUCAAGUGUAACCCAUCAUUUGUUCUUGUAGCUCAACUGGCAGAGCAUGGAGCUAUUUGUUAGAUCCCAGGAAAUACACAAGCUAAUAAAAUGUAUACCUUUAA